AUGGGCGAGGAAAAGACCUCUGAGUCCUACACAAAUAUUGCCAAUAUUGCCUUCCCUAGACAGGACCUCCCCCGUCAGUGUCAGAAAUGUUGGUAUUUUGACCACCCUGUCACUCUACAACCCACUGCCCUCAGUGUACUCAACCUGGCCAUGAUCGCUCAAAUUGCCCUGCACAAUCAAGCACAUGUGACAUUUGUGGUGGUUCCGAUAAAGUAUUCUAUAGGGGUGCCCUACCUACAAAACCCCGUGGCGGCAGGGAGUGAGAAACGUAAAGUAGCAUCCAAGAGUCCCCAGGUAGAUUUGCUGUCGCUUUCGACUGGGCAGCUUGCCAUCGUAGGGAGCGAGGACUGUCUCUAUCUCACCGUUUACACACCAAGGCCGUUCAAGUCCGACCUGGCCGUGAUGGUGUGGUUCCAUGGGGGAUGGUUCAUGGUCGGCGACUCCGAGGACUACCCUGCCCUCCCCCUCCUCACCAAGGACGUGAUCCUCGUCACCGUGCAGAAUCGCCUCGGGACACUUGGAUUCCCUGGCAACCUGGGGCUGGAGGACCAGGUCAUGGCCCUCCGCUGGAUGCAGGCCAACAUCCAGGACCUGGGCGGCGACCCCAGCAGGAUUACCACCUUCGGAGAAAGCUCCGGCGAGGCCUCGGUGCACUUCCACGUCUUGUCUCCCAUGUCUGCAGGUUUGUUCCAGCGAGCCAUUAUGCAGUCUGGGAACAGGUGUCCGUGGAGAGAGGACCACAGGCAGGUGGCUAUGAAGAUGAGCGUGGACGUGGCUUCCUCUUCGCUGGACAGUGCAGCGUUGGUCACCUGUUUAAGGGAAGUACCCUCUAGCAAGCUUACUGAAAUCAUCAACAACAACCCUCAGGUGAUGCUGCCAGGCGUAGAUGGGGAAUUCCUGCCAGAGCACCCCGCCGUUCUUCUGCGGGAGGGAAAGUACAACAAGGUGGAUAUCAUCGGCAUCAACCAUCACGAAGGCGGCGUUUCAUGCACUCAGAGGAAGCAGUUUUUGCAUCACUCCUUGUACCUCUUUGCUUCAGAGGAAGUUUUGAGGAUUUGUGCAAAGAUGUUCACAGGUAGAAUGUUCACCAUGUGUCAAAUGGACGCAGUGCAGCACCACCUCCGGGAUGAGGCUUCAGGUAACCGCGUCUUCGCCUAUGAACUCCAGCAUCGCGGGGAACACACCCUAUAUGACGAUUAUUUCCCUUCGGCCAACUUUUGCAAAAACUUUGUUCUUUGCGACGAGUUUCAUAAUGAGGCAUCUCGUCUACCAGGGGUCUCUCACUGUGACGAUCUUCAGUAUCUGUUCUACAAAGAAACCGGCAACAAGACCACCAGGAGCGAGGACCUCUUCGUCAGCCGCAUCAUGGUGGACCUCUGGACUAACUUUGCCUCGACUGGGCACCCAACGCCCGACCUGUCACUGGACUUCAUCUGGGCGCCGGCACAAAGCACAAAGGACUCAUACCUGGCCAUCACUUCUGCGCUCUUAAUGAGGGACUACUGCUGA